UAGGAAAUCAAAGUCUAAAGAUUAAAGGAAAAAUUCAGCAAUGGUAGUGAUCAAAAUAAUAUUGGAACACCUAAUAAUAACCAUUUAGAUAUUGAAAAGAUUGCUUGUUAGUAAAGCAGCUGAAGUGUAUUUGCUGUGCUAGAACUGAAAGCUUUUGUCUUUUGUGCAGACAUAUGCAGGCUCUAUAGCAGUGCAAGAUGUUCAACAAAUCUUUUGGUGCUCCUUUUGGGGGAGGGACAGGAGGAUUUGGGACUACUUCAACAUUUGGGCAACAAAAUGCUGGAUUUGGAGCAACAGGGGGCUUUGGAUCUUCAGCAUUUGGGACAACAAACAACACAGGAGGACUGUUCGGGACCACCCAGAACAAACCUGGUGGCCUAUUUGGCUCAAGCACCUUCAGUCAGCCUGUCACAUCCUCCACCAGUACUGGGUUUGGGUUUGGUGCCACCAGUGGCACACCAAACAGCCUUUUUGGAAGCACCAACACUGGAGGUGGAGGAUUGUUUUCCCAGCAGAAUAAUGCCUUUGCUGCCAACAAACCAACCACUUUUGGCACUUUCGGUACCAGCACCAGUAGCGGUGGAUUAUUUGGGACAACCAACACAACAUCCAACCCUUUUGGAGGAACAUCAGGCUCUUUGUUUGGGUCAUCAAAUUUCACUGCUGCUCCCCCUGGCACAACAAUCAAAUUCAAUCCACCAACUGGGAGUGACACAAUGGUAAAAGGAGGUGUGACAACCAGCAUCAACACCAAACACCAGUGUAUCACUGCCAUGAAGGAAUACGAGAACAAAUCCUUAGAGGAAUUAAGGCUUGAGGAUUACCAGGCAGGAAGGAAGGGUCCUUCCAACCCCAUGGCAGCUGGCACAGGUGGUCUCUUUGGAGCGGCAGCCACAGCUACUCCCAGUACUGGCACUGGACUCUUUGGAGCCUCAACUCCAAACACUGGCUUCAGCUUCGGCCAGAACAAGACCUCAUUUGGCACAAGCACUGGGGGCUUUGGUACAACCACAGGAAGUUUGUUUGGCCAGCCGCAGCAGCAGCAGCAGCAACAGCAACAGCAACAGCAACAGCAGCAGCAACAGCAACAGCAGCAGCAGCAAGGUUCCAGUCUCUUCAAGCCAUUUGGCUCAGCUACCACCACCCAAAAUAACACAUUCUCCUUUGGCAACAGCAACAGCAUGGGGCUGUUUGGCAACACAGCUGCCUCUCAGGCUGGAGGACUGUUUGGAAACACUAACACAAGUACGGCCACAGGAUUCGGCACAGGAAUUUUCGGCCAAACUAACACCGGCUUUGGGAAUGUCGGUACACAGAAUCUUUUUGGCAAUAAGCCUGCUGGAUUUGGCACCACCACCACCACUAGCACACCCUCCUUUGGAACAGGCACUGGUCUGUUUGCAAAUAAGCCUACACUCACUCUAGGGACUAACACGAACACCUCAACCUUUGGAUUCGGAGCAACUGGUACUGGUGGGGGUCUCUUUGGGAACAAAACUGCUAUGACAGGCCUUGGAACAGGACUGGGAACUGGCUUUGGAGGAGCUGUAGGAACUGGCCAGACAUCAUUGUUUGGGAACAACCAGAACAAGCUGGGCUCCACCCUGGGGUCAGUGGGCACUUUUGGGACUGGAGGCUUUAACACCGGAGCCAACACUCUGAAUUUUGGUGCUCCUCAACAGCCUGUGGCUCUGACUGACCCCAAUGCAUCAGCUGCGCAGCAGGCCGUCCUCCAACAGCAGAUCAAUGCAUUGGCAUAUUCUCCUUUUGGAGACUCACCGCUCUUCAGAAAUCCACUGUCAGACCCUAAGAAGAAGGAAGAGCGUCUAAAGCCUACAAAUCCAGCUGCCCAGAAAGCCCUGACUACCCCUACUCAGUACAAACUGACUCCUCGUCCUGCCACCCGUGUUCGUCCCAAAGCUCUGUCCUCAUCAGGCUCCUCCAAAUCUCAGCUCUUUGAUGGACUUGAUGAUGAUGAACCCUCUCUUAACAAUGGAGCCUUCUUGCCUAGGAAGAGCAUAAAGAAGCUUGUUUUGAAGAAUCUGAAUAACAGCAGUCUGUAUAACAACUCUGUGAACAGAGAGGCUGACGACUUGGCCUCCCCUUCAGAGUACCCACACAACGGGCUCAGUCUGAGUAUAGAUGAAAGAGAGACCAGAGAAGUAACUGUGGAGCGAAGUGAGGAGGAUGAUCUGGAGGUCUCCAAGUUCUACACCAAUCUGAUCACCAAACCAAUUCCACACGCCCAGCCGAGCCCCUCGCUACAGGACACAAUCUCUGAGUUCAACAUGCGGGGAACUGCCAGUCAUCGCAAUGGCCUGGAGGCCAGUAGCGAGGACAUCUCUCUGGCAGAGGAUUCUAUUCAGGAGGAGAGAGAUGAGGAGCUGGAGGCUCAGAAACCUCCUCACCCAGCUGGUAUGAAACAUUGCUUUGUUUACACAGAUACAGCAGUUCUUGAGCUGCUCAGCCGUGUGUCGGAGUUGGACAGUGACAUGGCUGACAUUACUCAAGAGCACCUGGCAGACAGUGUUUUGGGUGAGGAGGAUCGAGAGAGAACUCUGGAGGAGAACAAGCUGAGAUCUGAGACUCCUGCUGAGCACGAGCCUGUGUCUGCAUCAAGUCAGAUUGCUUCCUCAAUGGGCAUCAACCCUCAUACCUUACAGAUUAUGAAGGCCUCUCUCUUUGCAGAGGAUGAUGAAUGUGAUUUCUUUCAAGAGCAUGGUUCGUCAAAGCUCGUACAGGAUGUGGCUUCCCCCAAAGUUUUGCUUUCUGGGGCUGGUCGGUCAUCAAUUGGAGCCCUUUUACAAACCAAGUUCAUCUCAGGAGGCGGGCUUUUUUCCCAGUUGCCAGAGGCUCCUUUUGGGGGAAUACCUCAGAAGCUUCGCAAGUCACUAGCAUCAGAAUCUCCAUGGCCUUUGUUGGGUCCUUCCUUUCUGUUGCCGGCCCCUCCCCCAGAACCUACUCUUCGAACUGUGGGGGCCCGCAGGCUAGGGGGGCCAGUACCUCUGGAGAGCUCCAUAACUCUAGGAAAAGGCCAUCUGCUGAUGGACUCUGCUUUGUUCAGAGGGCGAUCUUUCAGAGUGGGCUGGGGUCCCAACUGGACACUGGUGCACUGUGGAGAUCCACUUAGUGUCACAGAGGCAAUGAAGGAGCAGUCGGCAGAGAUCAUGGGAUUUGGCUUCUUACCCAAACCUACUAAAAGCAAACCGAUCACUGAAAGUCCAUUUAAAGUGCGAAUGGAGCAGGUGGUCGGCCUGGAGCCCAAACAGUCAGCAGAGAGCCUUACUUUGUAUCACAGACCACUGGAGAUUGGUCUAAAACACAGCACAAUCAACACCGAGCAUUCCUGUCCCUUCAUCCAGCCUGCAAAAGGAGUGGAUGCUCUGCAUGGCUAUGCAGAAUGGAUUGUGGAGGCCAACACAGAUAUAGGAGGAGGGGAUGCUGGUCUGGCCCAUUGGCGGCAAGUUUGGACUUUGUGUGCUGCUCUUUUUGGUCGUCUGGGUGACCGGGAUGUGGAGACUGAGCAAUACUCGGACUACCAGCUGCAGCUUGAGAGGCGAAGGAGCUUCUCCCACUGGCUCUCUGAGUGUGCGGCCGAGUGCAUUGAGGAGGAGGUGGGCCGAGCCCUUCAGCGCAACCAUGCUGAGGCCAUAUUCAGUUACCUUACUGGCCACUGCAUGAGCAAAGCCUGCAAACUGUCCCAGAAGAGUGGUGAAACCAAACUGAAAACUCUCACGGAAAAGUUGCUGAUCCCCAUCCAGUGGAUCCAUCAGGCCAAGGCCAUUCGUGCUUGUAGAGAGGGAGACAAACGUAGUGAGGCUUUGCACCUUUACAAGGCCGGCCAUUGGAAUCACUGCCAUCGGCUGGUCAUCCAGCACCUGGCCUCAGACUGCAUCAUUAACGAUAAUCAUAAGUACCUUCUGGAAUUCCUAGAGGGGUUAGCAGUGCCAGAGCGCAGUGUUCAGAUUCAGGACUGGGACACGUCUGGACGAAUCUUUCUUGAUUAUAUCCAUGUCAUUCAGACACUGCAGGACAUCCAACAGACGGAAAGCCCAGGUUAUGAGCUGGAGCGACUGCAUACAGAGGUGACGUCUCUCUGCAGCAGAAUAGAGCGCCUCCCCUGCUCCAAAGCUAAAGACCGACUUGCGCAAUCAGAGAUGGCCAAACGUGUGGCUAACAUCCUUCGGGUGGUCUUGAGUCUCCAGCAAGGUGGUGAAGGCACCCCAGAUCCCCGACACAUCCCUCUUUGCCAGCUUGCUCCACACAUUGGACGUCUACCCAUGCCAGAGGACUAUGCUUUAGAGGAACUCCGCAGCCUUACUCAGUCGUACCUGCAAGAGUAUGUUAUCAGUCACUGAAUAAAUUAUUCUCAAUCAGUUUCUGCAGAAAUAACGUGAGUCUUGAUUGGAUUGACCUUCAGCACUCCAAUUAAAUGGCUGUUUCAGGCCGUGGUUGAAUUUUCGAUGCAUAUUUAGGCACAAUAUUUGUGAAUUAAAGCAUUCCCUUGUGUGUUUGUGUAGGAGCUUUUUUCCCCUUUCAAAUCCUGUUUUGUAGUUCUAGAAAUGAAUGUGGGUGUCUUUAAUUAUUAAAGUAUCUCUUUGAAUGCACCUGUCGAUUUCAUCUGCCCAAGAUACUUGGAGGGAAAAUGCCAGAUUUGAGAACUUUUACAUUUGUCUAUUAAGUUAAAAAGUUAUAUUGUGAAGUAUCAUCUGGUCCAUUCAAAGCUAAAAUGUAAUAUUGUGUUGUGUGUUUUUAGCCUACAGUGUACUCUGGCCACCAAACAAUUCAUAAAGACUUCAAAAUGUAAAAAUUUUCUUUUGACCGUUCUUUUUCAGUCAGUGUUUUUAAAUCUUAGUGUAACUGUGUGUAUACCUUUGUAAGUACAGUAUUUUUAUUGUUCCCAUGGACUGCCUUAGUCUAUAAGUUGCAAGCAUGCUUCUGUGGGUGUAAAUGAUAAAGGUUACUCAACCUGGCUUGUAAUUUGGUCUUUUUUGAGGAGGUUAAGCAUUUUUUAUUUAAAAUAAUCUCUCUUGACACCAAAAUAUACGGCAACGUUUAAAAAUGUAAAAGUGUGGGCAUAUCUAUUUUUGUAGGAUUUUCAAGAUGUUAAUUUGAAAGACCUUAUUGUUAAAGGUUUGCCUAAUGGAAAACGAAAUAAAUUCAGUGCUAUUGAUCUAAGAGGUUGAUAGAAAUAUAUUUUGUUUCUAAAGUGUUCAACAGUAUGUGACUGGUGAUUCUUAUAAAACUUUAAUCAAAGUCAACCUGACAUCUCGUCUGACUAGGAUAGGGUUUUGCUGAUGUAAUUACAGCAUUAUGUGAACCCUUCAUCCUCAGGGUUUUUUUUUUUUAAUGCUACAAAUGCAUCAGCCACUAGUAAUGUGCUUGUUUCCCGUAAUGUUUAUUUUCUCUAAACAUUAAGCAGAUUAUGUUUCUGGUAAUUAAGAUUCUUUGAAUGGGUGUUUGUGGC